AUGAGGAAACUGAGGCCCAGACAGCAGGAAGUCGUCCUGCCCAGGAUACACAACCGGGCCGGCGGCGGCGGCUGCCCCGAGGGACGGGGCCCUAGGCGGUGGCGAUGGGGGCCGUCCGGAUCGCGCCCGGCCUGGCGCUCCUGCUCUGCUGCCCGGUGCUCAGCUCCGCAUACGCGCUGGUGGAUGCAGAUGACGUCAUGACCAAAGAGGAGCAGAUCUUCCUGCUGCACCGCGCCCAGGCCCAAUGCCAGAAGCGGCUCAAAGAAGUCCUGCAGAGGCCAGCUGACAUAAUGGAAUCAGACAAAGCAUGGGCAUCUGCAUCCACAUCAGGGAAGCCUAAGAAAGAGAAGGAGCUCUACCCGGAGUCUGAGGAGGACAACGAGGCGCCCACUGGCAGCAGGCACCGAGGGCGCCCCUGCCUGCCCGAGUGGGACCACAUCCUCUGCUGGCCGCUGGGGGCACCAGGUGAGGUGGUGGCUGUGCCCUGUCCCGACUACAUUUAUGACUUCAAUCAUAAAGGCCACGCCUACCGACGCUGUGACCGCAACGGCAGCUGGGAACUGGUACCUGGGCACAACCGGACAUGGGCCAACUACAGCGAGUGUGUCAAGUUCCUGACCAAUGAGACGCGUGAACGGGAGGUGUUUGACCGCCUGGGCAUGAUCUACACCGUGGGCUACUCGGUGUCGCUGGCCUCCCUCACCGUGGCCGUGAUCAUCCUGGCCUACUUCAGGCGGCUGCACUGCACGCGCAACUACAUCCACAUGCACCUAUUCCUGUCCUUCAUGCUUCGCGCCGUGAGCAUCUUCGUCAAGGACGCGGUGCUCUACUCGGGCGCCACGCUCGAUGAGGCCGAGCGCCUCACCGAGGAAGAGCUGCGUGCCAUCGCCCAGGCACCCCCGCCGCCCACCGCCGCCGCCGCCGGCUACGCCGGCUGCAGGGUAGCUGUGACCUUCUUCCUUUACUUCCUGGCCACCAACUACUACUGGAUUCUGGUGGAGGGGCUGUACCUGCAUAGCCUCAUCUUCAUGGCCUUUUUCUCAGAGAAGAAGUACCUGUGGGGCUUCACGGUCUUUGGCUGGGGUCUGCCCGCUGUGUUCGUGGCCGUGUGGGUCAGUGUGAGAGCCACCCUGGCCAACACCGGGUGCUGGGACUUGAGCUCCGGGAACAAGAAGUGGAUCAUCCAGGUGCCCAUCCUGGCCUCUAUUGUGCUCAACUUCAUCCUCUUCAUCAACAUCGUCCGGGUGCUCGCCACCAAGCUGCGGGAGACCAAUGCUGGCCGGUGUGACACGCGGCAGCAGUACCGGAAGCUGCUCAAAUCCACACUGGUGCUCAUGCCGCUCUUCGGCGUCCACUACAUCGUCUUCAUGGCCACGCCGUACACCGAGGUCUCAGGGACGCUCUGGCAAGUCCAGAUGCACUACGAGAUGCUCUUCAACUCCUUCCAGGGAUUUUUUGUCGCCAUCAUAUACUGUUUCUGCAAUGGUGAGGUGCAGGCCGAGAUCAAGAAAUCCUGGAGCCGCUGGACACUGGCCCUGGACUUUAAGCGGAAGGCCCGCAGUGGGAGCAGCAGUUACAGCUACGGCCCAAUGGUGUCUCACACGAGCGUGACCAACGUAGGCCCCCGCACGGGACUCGGCCUGCCGCUCAGCCCCCGCCUGCUGCCCGCCACCACCAACGGCCACCCCCCGCUGCCCAGCCACAGCAGGCCGGGGGCCCCGGCCCUCCAGGCAACACCACCUGCUGUGGCUGCUCCCAAGGAUGACGGGUUCCUCAAUGGCUCCUGCUCAGGGCUGGACGAGGAGGCCUCGGCGCCCGAGCGGCCGCCCGCUCUGCUGCAGGAGGAGUGGGAGACUGUCAUGUGAUCCGGGACCCGAGCCAGGGUUGGACCCGUGGGCAUAAGGGCUGACAGACGGACCAAGAGACGGCUGGUUGGAUGGUUGCCCACUCAGGGCUGGGGCUGGGAAGACAAAAGAGGAAAAAAAGGAAAAAAAAAAAAAGAAAGAAAGAAAGAAAAGGGAAAGGGAA